AUGGUUUCCGGAUUGACCUCUAAAAGGAUUGUAAAUGGCGGAUUUAAUCCUGAUAUCGAUUGUGCCAUUGAUGAUGGUGAUACUGCAUGGGUCACUGUUUCAUCCAUUCUCGUAUUGGCCAUGAUGAGUGCUUUAGCAUUCUUUGAAGCUGGUCUCAGUAGAAAAAAAGAAACCAUCACCAUCUUUUCACAAAUUUGGAUUGGUUUAGCCGUUUUGGCUGUGUGUUGGAUAUUAUUUGGAUAUACACUUGUUUUUGGUCCUACACAAGGAGGUGUGAUUGGUGGUUUAGAUUAUAUUGCUUUUUUGAAUGUUGAUUUAGCAAAGUGUUCGCAACAUGCUUUGAGUAUUCCACAUGCAAUUUUUGCAAUCUUUCAAAUGAUGUUUGCUUGUAUCACACCAUUACUCAUGACAGGAGCUUUCGCAGAAAGACUCAGAUGGAGGGCAUAUCUCGUUUUUAUAGUCAUUUGGGAAUUUUUAGUAUAUUAUCCACUCGCUCAUAUUAUCUGGGGAGGUGGUUUCUUGUCACACCAACCAUUAGAUACUCUUGAUUUUGCUGGUGGUAUUGUCAUUCACACUUCAAGUGGAAUUGCAGCACUUGUUUGUGCAUUAGUGUUUGGAAGAAGAAAAGAUUUUGAUGAUCAUCAUGGAGAACCUCAUCCAUCCAAUUUACCACUUGCUGCCAUUGGUGCUGCUUUUGCUCUUUCAUCCUCAAGUGUUGCUGUUGCAGCAAUUGUUAACACUCAAGCAGCUGCCUGUACCUCAACAGUGGUUUGGUUGGUCAUGUUUUGGGUUCAAAAUAAGAAACCUUCUUUGGUAAGCUUGUUGAAUGGUAGUAUUGCUGGAUUGGCAGGAAUUACUCCUGCAUCAGGUUAUAUUACUGUCCAUUCUGCUCUGGUCAUUGGUUUACUUUUGGGAGCUUUUAGUUAUUUGGGAAUUUAUGUGUUGAAACACAAGCUGAAAAUUGAUGAUGCUCUUGAUGUGUCUAGCGUUCACGGAAUUACUGGACUUAUUGGAAGCAUUGCAAUUGGAUUCUGUGCCACCACCAAAGUCAAUCCAGAAGGUGCAGAUGGUGUUUUCUAUGGAAAUGGAUGGCAAUUAUUGGCACAAAUUGUUGGCGUUGCUUUGGCUUUCUUCUGGUCUGGACUUGUCACAUUUAUUUUAGCCAUCAGCAUUCGACUCAUCAAUAGAAAAUAUCCAUAUCUUCUAGUGAACACUCGUGAAGAAGAAGAACAAGGAUUAGAUGGUUUAGAAUUUGCAGAAAUUUCUGCCUAUGAAGAAACUGUCUCAAGAGAUGCUCUCGAAUUAAUGUUAAACGAUUUGGAAAAGAAACGUUUGUAUCACAUGAGAAAACUCAUCGAUACACAACAAGAACAAUUCAUGUUGGAACAAAAACAACGAAAGAAAUUUGUGGAUAAUGUGAGAUUGAAUUUAAGCUCGACGGGUGGUGGUAAUGGUGGUAAUGGUAGUCCAAUCUCAACCCCAGCAAACUCAAUGACCAAUGGCAUUCUUUCUUCGUAUGGAACUUACUAA